AUGGACCGAUACCCGCAACGGCUUUUGCAAAGGCUAGCGCCUUUGAUCAAGAUAUAUUUGGACCCAAGCCUUCCGGAACCAUUCAAAACAUCCAUUGUCACCACUGCCGAGCACAGCAAUGUCGACAACCGUGUGUGGAGUCACGACGGCGUGAUCGUGUCGUUUGUGGACGACCUCAACCAGCCAGAUCUCGAGACAGCGUCAGCUUCUCCUUUGGAUCCUGAUCUGGACUUGUUUCCCAACGGCAUAUUGCUGGAGAAAUGGCUUGAAAAGUACUGCAACGCCAUCCCUAUGGUGUUUCUCCUCGCAGUACAUUUUACCUCCGACCACGACGAAAUCUGGUGGGCCGACCAUCUCCUCGCUCUCCGCAAGCAAUUGGUGGAGUUGGGGUCGCAGAUUGUUGUUAUGGUGUGUUCGGGAGACGGCAGGGAGGCUGAGGAUCGUCAACGGCUCCAAGUACUUCAGAGCCUCACCCACCUCCCCGAUGACGCUGUCUUCUUUGUCCCCAGUGCCACCGCCGUGCCUAAAGUAAUGAGAGUGAUCAAUUCGUGUUUCCCUCAAUGGGCUCUGUCAUUCUACGGGAAGAAAUUGGCGAAAGUGCAAAAUCGCAACAGCAAGUUUUACAAUAUGAAAACCAACGAGUUCGACACCGAGAUUGUUCUUACACCCAAGUUUCUUGAAACACGUAACCUUUUCAAACAAGGUAUCUUGGCUCAAUACUACAUGACCCCCAAAUGGUCGUUGGCCAUCAAACACCUUGAGAACGGAUACAACACGCUUGUGGAAAUUAUAUCCGAGUGUUUUGCCGGUAAAUUUGCUGCUGACUAUCCGUUGACCAGCCACGAUAUUAUUGUCUACGCACUGUUUCGACGGCUUCUAGACAUAGCCGCCUUCCACAUCUUUAGAGGCUAUCUUGCUGUCGGCAACCCUGAAACUGCGCUCAAGAAGCAUGCCGUGCACAUCAAGAUUUGCAACGACAUCACCCGCUCCCAAUAUGGCGAUAACGUGACGCUGGCGACGCGACAGUGCCAAUAUUGGACAGCCACUCAGUAUGAGCUCUUAGCUGACUAUUUGGUGGAGGCAGGGGCUAUUGGCCUCUUGAAAGGUGACGAUAAUCUUGUCCCGUUCUAUGGAGGUAUGCGCUAUGCUCUCGACUCUACUACCCAGAUGGAUGUGUUCACCGACCCUGUAUUUGCUUAUCUUCACGCCUAUAAUCUUGUGGCCCAGCUUCUGCUUGAUGGCAUCGAAGUUAGAGAUUAUAUGGUCGGUUAUGAGACUGACAUUGAGGAGUACCGGCGCCGGCUUUUGACGAAAGCAAUUGAGAGUGCUUCGAGGGACUCGUUCAAGAAGCAAAUAGACCCCAGAGGGACAACAUUGCUGUAUCUCCACUGGCUUUUAGCCAACCACACCUCAGCCAAGACCAAGGCUCAGGAUCUCUACCGCAAGUCAAUUGCUUAUGUUGAUGAUAAUAGCGAUCUCGCAGGGCUUAUGCGAGAAAAGCUUGUGGUCAAUGAAAGUGGGGCCAAGAAAAUCGUGGAAUUGCUUAAGCUUCCGGGCACAAGAGGUGGCCACGGCACUCCGUUGAGUGUGAACAUUUCUGAAGCGACAAAAGUCGCGGUCAGUCCAGUCGACUUGGUUAAGGUGGACGUGGACAUUGUCAACCAGUCUCUAGCUCACCACACGUUCAUGUACGAUACUUGUGUGAUCCAGAUUACCCUCACUCCUAAUGUUGAUUUGCAAUACCUUCAGCUGGUAGUGAAUGUACCUGUUCUGCUUGUGGUGAACCAUGUGACUGCAGAAUACACUGGUGGUGAAAUACUUGUGAAAAAUGACGCCUCGGCUACCCAAACUCUCCCACAAAUCGUGGAAAACGGAACCGCUAAUCUUCUGCUUCUGGGUAAAGAUUCUGUGGUGCUUCACUACGUGUUUUGUCCGGAGAAACUGGGCACUUUCAAAGUCACCUCCGUAGCCACCGACGCUACUCUCACAUUGGGACAAGCGGUGGUCACCUCCAAUCAGAACAUUGGCGAUUUCAACAAACACCAAUCAUACCUGAAGUUUUACGGCAAAGAUGGCGUCAAAAACGUGCGUACGUCUGAUGCUAACUGGUCACAAAUUACUGUCAAACCGCUACAACCUAAGAUUACCAUAGAUGCUGUGAAUAAAGACAUUGGUGAUAUAGUGAUCGGUGAAACGGUUAACCUCGAUUUCAAGAUCAACUUCCAGCACCCCAGCACCCAUAAGUUUGAAGGCUCAGUUCUAUUGGCUCCUCGCAUUGCUGUGACGCUGGAGCACGAAUUUGAUAAGGAUUUGAGAAUCCGAGUAUACUGGGAAGGGCACAAAGAUGAUGAGCUGCUUGACCUUAGCGAGUCAAUCGCUGGUGACGGUUCGAUUGAAUUGGUCCGUAAGUUGUUCGUUCAAGUGCAAAACCCUGUAACACGUAUUGCUACUCCUACUGAUGCUACGGUGCAAAUCCAGAUCUCCUCAGAAAUCAGUGUGGAGGGUAUUACGCUGGAGCACGACCUUGCCUCAUACGAAAUGCCCUUGAUACCCCUGUUUGCGCAUGAAAUCAAAUACAGCAUUGUUCCUCGAUAUGGCGAAGAUGAUGAAACUUAUAUGCCGUCAUCAUUUAUCAUCAACGACGACACUACGCAACUAGGGCUCCCACUUGUUUCUCGAUUAUGGCAAGCUCGACUUCAAGUUACCCCCGUUGAUGAUGUCGAGAUUGUUAAAACUACCUUUGAUAUUCGACAAUCAAAUAAUGAGAUCUCGCUUGAAAUCGUUGGAGAAACCAAAGGUUUAACUCAGGACUUCACCACCACAUCAAAAACAGGGUUUAGCCAUCGCACGGUCCUGGUGUUCACCACUGCCAAAGUGUUCUGGAGGAAGAAGGGCAGAGAAAUCGUCAACGAACACACCACGCGAGAGUGGGAGGUGAACUUACCCAUGCUGGAUCCUCGGGUACUUCUCAGCACAAAGAGAGAUGGAGAAAAUGCUCACCUUCGCUACGUGCUUGAAAAUCCUACCCCUCGUGUAUUCACUUUCACGACCACUAUGGACACCAAGAAUUAUGAUUUCAGCGACCCCCGCAAUAUUGUCCCGUCAAAGCAACCUCCAUUCCCGGUGAUGCCAUUUUCUCGCCACGUUAUGGACUGGUAUGUUAAAGGUAGCGGCGAUUUACCUGAGCUUAAAACGUUUGACGUUAAUUACAAGGUGCUUUUGACGACUCUCGUUGUGGAUUAG